AAGGGAGUAUCCUAUUCUCUACAUUUUGACCACGUUUUAGUUAUUCGAUGAUCAAAUCCUUGCCUACAAUGCUUUACCUACAAAGUACGUUGAGCAUUCAGCGAUUUGUGUUGCAGUUUAUAUCUUUCAUUGCUUUUCAAAUUAGAAAUUACUAAUUCCGCCCCUUCCCCCUAGAACAUCAAUGUUGAUAAUUUAGAGAAAUAUCUUAAAAGGAGCGCAAAAGAAAGUGCUUCCUAAAUUCCUAACCCGUUUCAUAGUAAAUCAACAUUGUGCCGUGGGGAAAGGGGGAAGAUUGGUUUUGACUUUGCAAACUGACGUCAGCAUUCCAAGACUUUUGGCAAGCAUUGUAGUUUAGUCUGUUUAUUUUUCCUUAUUUAACAGUAGUUUGCGAACUCGAAGCGGCCGGUACAACGCGAAUAACAAGUUUAAAAGGUGAGACGUCACGUAAGAAAGUUUAAUAUCGCAGACAAAAAAUGACACCACGUGACUAUAAUAUUGCCCGAUGUAAGACAUCUGUUGACUGUUGGCUUUUGUAUCAAAUUUCUUUUUUCAAACUAAGGGCAAUCUCAAAACAUGUCACAAGAAGCCCAAGUGGUCUUCGUUCUAACGAGACAUCAUCCACGUCUUAACUGUGACAAGAUCUUAACUGCGUUUCAAUUAUUCACUUAAUCGUCUUUCUUCACACAUUUUCUUUUGAAAGAACCUUUUUGGUAACAAAUAUUUGAUAUGUAUUUUUUCAAGCUAUAUGUUUGUUUCUCGAAAUAACCACCCAGCAGUCCUCCCUCCACCCUCGCAUCCUCUGAUUACUGCCAUCCAAGCUUUGUAAAAGACCUACGGCUAACAAGGAUUUUAUUCGCCUUCGUUGGUGAUAUUAUAUAAUAGCACGGUAGAGCGGUUAAGUUCGCAAGUGCAUCGCAUCCAAUGGAAUUCUGUUCUCACCUUUGUUACUUGUGAGUGACAUCAAAUAGAGGCUGUGUCUCCUUUGCAGUUUAAUUGUGUACAUAAGAGCAACAAUAUGAUGUCUGGUAGUCAAGCCCCCAAAUGAAAGUCCAUGUAGGUAACGCUGCCUCAGUUACUGGUUAUUCUUUAUAAUUUAUGGUAAUUGCAUUUCAUUUAUGGGUCGGUUGUUUCUGUCCAAGUUUGUUUGUGAUUUUGAUGAAAGAAUGGUUUCACAAUUGAUUGCCUGUGAUUACGCGCAGCUACAGGUGUCGCAGGGUUGGAGUUACUAAUCAAAGAUGCGAGGUCGACAAGAUGAUCGUUUCUCGACUCAUGUUUUCUUGAUAUUCGCAUCAAGAUAUCUAUAGACCCAGUGAAACAUGGCUAGUGAAGUUUUCGAAGUAAAUUAAACAAUGUUGGUCCACGUCAAGAAGAUUACAGUUUUUCUUUUAGCAUUUCAUGUGAUAUGCGAAGGUCGCUCAUUGAAAGAAUCGUUUCGAAAGAAGAACACCAAGCUUGAAAGCAAAGGAGGCCAUGCCUUCAGCCACCAUGAACGACCAAAAAAACAGCCUGUUAAGAACGCACGCGGAAAAGGCAAAAGUUCUUUCGACUUUGAGUAUGAUGACGUCAUAUCAGAAAACGGGAUGAGAGGAAGUGACCCGAAAGAUUUUAUGAACUUUUACAAUCCAGAAACAGCACUUGAAAAAUUAAAAAUUAGGCCUGUAGAUGACAGUCAUUCGGUCAGUGUGAAAGGGCCGCAUUUGAAUUUUGACUACUCUUUCCGCGAUACAGAUCAUCCUGCGCAUGAGACUCGCAAAAGAGUCGAUUCUUACGCUGGUGAUAUGAUAGAUGAUGAAAAUACUUUAUCAAAGUUCAUUGCACCUCCGGUCUUUGAGAAUCACAAGAAGAAAGCUCACGAGGACGCAGCUACCAAGAUGCUUUACGGCACACCCGAGGCGCAGAGUGCUGAGAACGCUAACACGAAAACUCUGCUAGCGAGCUUGAAUUCGCUUAUGUCACCAUUGGGAUUCUCGCGUGAUGAACAAGAAAGAAAUGACGAAAUGGAGGGUGAUCAAAGGGGAAGAAAUGUUGAGUACAAUGGCAAGUAUAAAGUAAUGAACAACAACAACGACCAAGAAGGUAGUGAGACACGUGACUAUAAAAACGAUGAUUAUAGCAGAUUCUACAACGAGGAUAAAAAUUAUGGAAAAGAGGACAAAGAUGAAGAUAGACAUUAUUUUGAAAGACAUGAUUAUGAUGAUAGCGCGCGGAGAUAUAACGAAAUUGAAGAUGAAGCACGUGAUAAGGAUGAAGCACGAGAAGCAUCUUAUCAUAAACAGUGGAAGGGAGAUUAUGAUCACGAUAGUGAAGAUGGAUAUGAUGACGAAAAUGAGAGAAAAGCAUUUGAUCACGAAGGUGAGAAUUAUAAUAAUGCAGAGACAAGAUCACAAGAUAAUCAUAUAGAGAGAUACAGGGAUGAGGAAGAACGACCAGAUGGUCAUUUCAAUGAUCGGGAGAACGAACACUACUCUAGGUAUAAUGAGGAAAAUCAUAGCGAAAGACAACAGAGUGCAGAUCAGUUGGGAGGGAAGCCAAUUGAGGUUGUCCAGGAUGAUAAUGGAAAACUGCACCCAAUGUCGAAUGACAUUUCAAAGGAGGAACUUAAUAAAGAAGUUCAGCAUUACGUGCAUGGGCCACAUGGAGAUUGAAGUUAAUUAGUAGCACUAUCAUUGAAGUGACGAUGAUACCAAAAAGAUUGUGAUGAUGAUUAUUAUGACCCCUACUUCAGUUAACUAGAGGGUUCUUGAAAAUCUAUUACCCUUCUCAAAAAUGAACACAUAGAUCAGUGUUAUAACCAUCUUAAGGCUAUCCUCGUGAUGACGAACUUGCGAUCAUGACAAUUAUUGUCAUCACAAGACAGUUUUCGAAAGUUCUUAUUUUCUCUGUCGUUUUAAAGUAAGGAUAUUACGCAAGGCAUGCGAAAUUCAGUUGUUUAAUUGUGCUUGUGUAUUUCAGGUACUUAAGAAGAUGCCUUAUAGUUUUAAUAAAAGGUUCAUUAUAAAUAAUGUGAAACAAUUCAAGUGGAUUAGAUAGAGGUAAUUGUAAUAAAGACUUCAGGAUUAAGUGAUUUAGAUAUAUAGGAAGAUAUAUAGGACAUGGUUGUCAAUAUAAGUAGUUAUUUUUGUUUUCAUGUAACGUAGUUAUUCAAAUAGAUAAGAACAUAUUUGAUGGCAUACAUUACCUUAAAAGUUCAUUGAA